AUGGCUGAGAAUUCAAGUAGAGGGAGGCAACAAAGGAAAAGUGAUAGAGUGUCAUCCAAUGACUCUGAUGAUGACAGAACUAAAGACCCCGAUUAUGAACUAAGGUUGUCUAGAAGACAUUCAAACCGUAAUACUCCUCCCAUUAGGGAUGCUAAUCAAGAACCUGUGGCACAGCAUACGGCAUCAGAGGCGCCGGCGGUUCCUAACGUGAGACGCAAGCGCGACCGUUCCGCCAGUGAAAACCGUGAUGAUGAAACGACAGGUGAAGCUUGGAGGGGCCGUUUUAGGGGGAAUAGCAGCAAGCCAUCAUCGUUGAAACCUGCAACCAUCCUUUCAUGGCUCAUUGACUCUCAAACAGUUGAAGAAAACGGAGAAGUUAUGGUUAUAUCCGCCAUGGAUGGGAACAUAAUAAAGAAAGGGAAGAUAAAGAGGGAGGGGAUAUUGUGUUGUUGCUGCACAAAAACACUGACACCUCAACAGUUUCACGCUCACGCCGGAGGAACCUCGUCAUCAGAUGAUCAAAACCCUAAUUACGACAGAAUCCUCAUCUCAGGUUCGCGGAAAUCUAUGUUGUCGUGUAUGGAUGAGGCGUUGCGUCAUCCUAGUGAGCGCCACAAUCGUGAGACAAACUUUAUCAGUGCAGAGGAUACGCAUGAUUCUGGCUGCAUUCUAUGUGCCAUUGGUGGUGAUCUCCUCUGCUGCGACAGCUGUACCUCAACCUAUCAUCAGGCCUGUAUGGAUAUUACGGAGGUUCCAGAGGGUUCAUGGUAUUGUCCAUAUUGUAUCUGCAAGUUCUGUGGAGAAAUGGAUGAUGAUUGGAUGAACAAAUGCCAUCAAUGUGGCAGGAAAUAUCAUUUGAAGUGCUGUCAAGGGUUGGAAGAAAGAGAAUUUGAUCUAAACAUGGUCUCUCAUGCUCUUUACUGUGACCAGAAUUGCAUAGAGGUUUCUGUGAAGCUGGAGAAAACAUUGGUAGGAGCAAAGAAUGAACUAGAAGAAGGGUAUUCAUGGACUUUACUCCGUCAGUUAGAUCAUCAGCACGGAGUGUACAUUGAUAAAGAUUAUCAAAGAAUAAUUUGUGACUCCAAGCUCGCUGUUGCUUGGAGAUUAAUGGAGGAUUCUUUUGGACAAGUCUUUGAUAGCUACACAAAAAUUAACGUUAUCAAAAACGUCAUUUACAACUGCAGUUCAAAUUUCAAUAGAAUUGACUUCAAAGGCUUCUACACCGCUGUCUUGGAAACAAAUGGGGAAAUAGUUUGUGUUGCAGCUCUAAGGAUUCAUGACAAAAAGAUUGUUGAAAUGCCUUUCAUUGCUGCCCAUUUUGCUCAUAGACGUAAAGGGAUGUGUAGAAAGCUUAUGAUUGCUAUUGAAUCUACACUUUGUUACCUCAAUAUUGAGAAAUUAAUCAUCCCAUCUACACCAGAAAAGACAGAAAGUUGGAAGAAAAAGUAUGGAUUUGGUGUAUUGGAUGACGAAACAAAGAAACAGCUAAUAAACUACAAUACACUGAUGUUCCAUGAUGCUGUUAGACUGCAAAAGAUCCUCCUUCCUUGA